UUCAACUUCCUGUUCACAGUGAAUUUAUUUACGUCCAUCACGCAACCAAUCGAAUGCUGCCGGGGGCGCGACCAAUAAAAACAGCCGAUGUGAACGCGUAGGACGAAAAUAAGUUGCGUCAAGGUGGCGGAAACGAACAGGGGAAGUGAAGAAGUUGUGGGAUGUCAGUCUAAAAUGACGCAGCUCACACAUUGUUGGUGUGAAGCAGGAAGUGGACGAUGAGGGUUUUAUUUUGACAGGUGUGACCGGAAGUGCAGUGGGUGUACUCCCCUGGAUUUGACAGGUGCUAAAAGGAGCAGGAUGUAACGGUGCAGGAAUCGGACUCGCUCCGAACCAUACAGCCGUCAGGAGUCCGUCUCUGGGUUCAUGUCGACGCGGAGGGUCGGCCUCGGGUGAUGGCUAAUGUAAGCACCGUCGGCAGGGACCACUAACGGUUAAACAACAUGUCCAACAUCCUCGAUGCGGCGGCCAGAGUCAAAUGGGACCGCACGGCUGCGGCCAAGCGAGCCGUGUUUCUCGCCGCUGCCGCUUACGGCAUCAAAACACUGUACCCCAUCAUCUGCAGGCAACUGAGCAAAGGAACCGAUCCCGGGAAGAGCCGGCUCUCCAAGGCGGAGAACGGAUCGACGUGUUCGGGAAACGAGCAGCCGGAUACAGUGGAUCUCGGGAAGACAUCGCCGGGGGUGAACGCGGCGUUUUUCAAGCAGAUCCUCGAACUUGGUAAAAUACUCUUCCCUAAGCUCGUCUCGAAAGAGCUGGCUCUUCUUUCUCUACACUCGGUGGCGCUGGUGUCCAGGACGUUUCUGUCCAUAUACGUGGCGAGCCUAGACGGUAAGAUUGUGAAAACCAUCGUGGAGAAGAAGCCCCGGAGAUUCAUCCUGCAGCUGAUCAAAUGGCUCCUCAUCGCCAUCCCGGCCACGUUCGUCAACAGCGCCAUCCGGUUCCUUGAGUGCAAGCUGGCUCUGGCCUUCCGCACCCGGCUGGUGAACCAUGCCUAUCGGACCUACUUCACCGACCAGACCUACUACAGAGUCAGCAACAUGGACGGGAGGCUGGCCAAUCCGGACCAGUCCCUCACCGAGGACGUGAUGAUGUUCUCCCAGUCGGUGGCUCACCUCUACUCCAACCUCACCAAGCCCAUCUUGGAUGUGGUGCUCACCUCCUACACGCUGAUCCAGACUGCCAGGUCCCGGGGGGCCAACGCCACCGGGCCGACCCUGCUGGCCGGGCUGGUGGUGUUCGCCACUGCAAAGGUGCUGCGCGCCUGCUCGCCCAAGUUCGGUAAGCUGGUGGCCGAGGAGGCUCACAGGAAGGGCUACCUGCGCUACGUGCACUCCAGGAUCAUCGCGAAUGCUGAGGAGAUCGCUUUCUACAGGGGUCACAAGGUGGAGAUGCGUCAGCUGCAGAAGUGCUACCGGGCUCUGGCCGACCAGAUGAACCUGAUCCUCUCCAAGCGUCUCUGGUAUAUCAUGAUCGAGCAGUUCCUCAUGAAGUAUGUGUGGAGCAGCAGCGGCCUCGUCAUGGUCGCCGUGCCCAUCAUCACAGCCACCGGCUUCGCUGACAAUGAAACAGCCGAUGGUCAGACGCAUGUGAUGGUGAGUGAGAGGACGGAGGCUUUCACCACGGCGCGUAACCUCUUGGCCUCAGGGGCCGAUGCCAUCGAGAGGAUCAUGUCCUCCUACAAAGAGGUCACCGAGUUGGCAGGCUACACCGCACGGGUCCACAACAUGUUCGAGGUGUUCGAGGAUGUCCAGAGGGGGGUUUACAAGCGCUCCUCGCUAUCGUCCACAACGGGAGCAGAGAAAAAGAGCAAGCCUGAGAUGCACAUAGAUGGACCACUGGAGAUAAAGGGUGAAGUAAUAGAUGUGGACCAAGGCAUUGUGUGUGAAAAUGUACCAAUCAUCACACCCAACGGGGAUGUCGUAGUGUCUUGCUUGAAUUUUAAGGUGGAGGAGGCCAUGCACUUAUUGAUCACGGGGCCUAACGGCUGCGGGAAGAGCUCUCUAUUCAGGAUCCUCAGCGGCCUGUGGCCGGUUUACGGCGGCCGACUACACAAACCAUCUCCUCAGCAUAUGUUCUACAUACCUCAGAGGCCCUACAUGUCCAUGGGUUCACUGCGGGACCAGGUGAUCUACCCAGACUCCGUGGAGGACAUGGCUGCCAGGGGCAUGACUGACAAAGACAUAGAGGCCAUCUUGGACAUCGUCAACCUCAACCAGAUUGUCACCAGAGAGGGAGGCUGGGAUGCUGAGCUGGACUGGAAAGAUGUGCUGUCAGGGGGCGAGAAGCAGAGGAUGGGCAUGGCUCGCAUGUUUUACCACAGGCCUAAAUAUGCCCUGCUGGAUGAGUGCACCAGCGCUGUGAGCAUUGACGUGGAGGGAAAGAUUUUCCAGGCUGCCAAGGACUCCGGCAUCUCCCUGCUCUCCAUCACGCACAGACCCUCCCUGUGGAAGUACCACACCCACCUGCUGCAGUUUGACGGCGAGGGAGGCUGGCGCUUCGAGCAGCUGGACACAGCGACACGCCUCACCCUCACCGAGGAGAAGCAGCGGCUGGAGUCGCAGCUGGCCGGCAUUCCCAAGAUGCAGCACCGGCUCAACGAGCUCUGCAAGAUCCUGGGAGACGACUCUGUCCUUAAAACAGCCGAGGAGUGAGAGAGUGAGAGAAAUGAGAGGGGGGAGGCAGGGGCCCAGAGGGGACAAAGACAAGAGGGUGGGAGCAGAAGAAGAAGUGGAGGGAGACGGCGAGAGGAGAGUGUGGGAGAUGGAGAGGCAAUGAAAGAAAAAAGAAAUCUGGAGGGGGUUGCUUAGUGUUUUUUUUUGCUUGUUAGGUUUUUCUCUUUAGCUCCGAGCCCCUUCUGACAAAGCAGGGGGGCUUUUAAUGCCAACUCCUCUUUCAGCUCUCAGCUCUCCCUCUUCUUCUUUUUCAUCGUUCCACUCAGAGAAGUGGAAGUGGAAGGGGGGGGGGGUGGUUGUUGAAGCAGAUUCAUGAUGGUUUUAGCCUAUAUAUAUAUACACAUCAACUGCAAGAUGAUUUAGCAGAACGGCCACAUCUAAGUUUGUUUUACAGCACUUUACUCUGCUUCUAGAGGGCUUUUGUGUUUGUUGUGGUCGCUCGCUGUGAAAUAAGUUGAUCGCUUUUUAGCUGGAAACGUUUUACCAUAGAGCCACUAAAUGAUGUCCGAAGCAGUAUUCCAAUCUACGCCCAGUGCGCCGGGCUCUGCAGGAUCCACGUUUGUUUUUACUUCCGGUAGAUUUUUAGCUUUUACCGAAUUUAAUGUGACCUCUUUGUUGGCGAGGGGUUCACAAGAGACUGUCCUUAGAAAUGUCACAAUUUGCCUUUGCUUGGUUUGUGUGACAUCAUUUUAGCCCCUGGUAACUUAACAUACGAGACCCCCUGAACUACUCGCAUAGGCUCAGUUGCAACCUUACACAAGGCCAGCAAAGAAAAAAAGAGGUCUGUUGAUAGAGCGAUUACUGACGCAGCUCUGACUCCAAAACUAUAGCUCUGUGGUUUAUUGAACAAAGGGCAGAAGAGGUCCCUCUUCGAAUGAGGAGGAGCAGGUAUUCUGCUGUGAACACUCACACAAAACACCGCACGUGAGCAGGUAGCCUUUCAGACAGUGUAAGUGUCAGAUGCACAUACAAGCACUGGCCACCUGUUGAAGUUCACCCUCCUCCUCCUCCUCCUCCUCCUCCUCCUCCUCGUGUUGACACAAAACACGCUCAUGUGUCCGCUGAGUGUCAGACGCCUGCUGGGACUCCGCCUCGUGCUCUGCGAGUUCUCCUGAGCCCGGGCGCACAUGAACGCACGGUGAUACUGGACCAUGAACUGAUAACCAAUCAGCAGCUUCUGCAGUGAACAGAGACCUCAUAUACAUUUGGAUAUAAUGUAAAAAAAAAAGACUUUAUUCCUCAACUCUGCAAUGUAAGCAGAUGAAUCACUUAAUAUCAAGAAGUGUAUGAUUACAUGCACGUAAAUAUUCCAGUUUAUACUCCACAUGUUAUUAUCUUAAAUUAUAUGAGGCCUAAUUGGGUGCACUAGAUUUGCAUAUUUCAUUAUUUGGCUGAUAUACAGUGAUGGAGAGCGAGGAUCAGGCUGGUUUAUAGACUGAAGCGUUGUAAUGGCUGACCUGAGGUACUGUUGGUUUUCCUGCUGCUGUCGGAGUUCCAUUGUUUUUCCUCCGUGUUUGUUGCCAGCAACUUACCUGAAGUUGUGAUACUGUGAAAGUAGUGAUUUAUUACAUUAACAUUAUUUGUGUUUUUUUAAUGAGAAAACACUCCGUUUUUUCUUGUAGUGGUUCUAAGCUGUGUCUGCUUGUGUUACGUACAGGAUGUUCUUGUAAAUCAGGACCCUAAAUCCACACUCCUACGUUUUAGUUUGAAAACCCAACACUGUUUUCUCCCUCAUUCAUUCAGCUGCAGAGUCGACAAUCUGCUUUCUGUUCACACCUGCACACACACGUCCAGUGCACAUACAUUGACAAGGAUUAUUUCUGAUUUGUAGCCAAAAGGUUGUUUUAGUUUAAAACCAAAACAAAUUAGCAUGGUAGUAGCCUCAGAUUGUUGUGGGUUCAGUGGGACAGGGGAUCAUGUUCUCCAUUGUCCCAUUCCUUCGUGGUCCUCAGAUUUCACUAUAGACACAUGGAUUCAAUGUGUGCUGUCGUUCACGCUGGUUCUAAAUCAAAACAAGUGAUUCAAAUGAUCAGCAAAACACACACACAUACAUUGUGUGUUUUUGUUCUGAUUCUGUUUUGUUCACUUUUAAUUGUAUGUUUCUUCCUUAGAAUUCAUUAACAUGUGAUGUGGCACAUUAGAAACAUGUAGUUGUAGUGAAAUCUGUAUAUAUUUUCAUGACAUCAUCCAGAUGUUGCAGGGGAAACACAGGAUUUCUUUUAGAGAUGUUCCUAUACCAUUUUCUUCUUCUUGACGCAGAUUCCGAUAUCUGGACUUUGUGUAUCGGCCGAUACUAACACGAUUCAUAUUUACAGCGUGAAAAAUUGCCAAAUUGCUGAUAUUUAUGCGAGCUCUGGCAAACGCUACACUACUGGAAAUCAAAACGGUUCUUGUUUGGUAGCGAAGGAGAAGGGAUGUGGGGGAAGAGAAACCUGCAGGUUUAUCUGUGUGAGAUAAUAUUGUUGGUAUGGUUGGUAUCAGUGAUGCGGCCAUUUGGGCAGUAUGAGUCUUUUCCUUGAACGUUUACAACAUCUUUAUCUUAGUGUCACACUGUACUGAUUACAUCACUCAGCCCAUGUCACUGGCAAGGCGCAGGGGUGCGCACGGUGUGAUAAUAUGAAGUCAUGUCACUGGUUAGAGUGCCGCUGUUUAUUUAACGUGCACGCCACUGCCACCAUGUGGGUGUCUUUUCAAAGAGAAUGGACAAUCAGUAACAUCACCAGUGGCCUGCUGUUUCCAACACUAUGGCUUAUUAUUGUAAUUCAGAGAAAUGCUUAAUGACAACUAAUUUAACUCCACCUCCAUCAUCUAAUUUGCUGGAACCUGUAAUGUACGCUGUUUGGUAUGCACGUCAAAGUUUAACAACUCCCUCAGGCCUCUUCUCCAGCCUGAGCUCCGACUGCAUCCAAGAAUCCAAAAGUGCCACAUCCCUCCUCCAUUGAGAUUCCUUUUUUUAAAGCUUUGAAACCUCCUCUUUUGGCUUUUAGUUCAGGCGGAAAGAAUUUCAGAGCAUUUGAAUGCAGCUCUGGUCUGAGCGGGACGACGGCUGCAAGGUUACUGAAGGACAAACUGAGACUUUGUUCCCCCGAAAUGUGACUGAAGACAAAAUGUCAAAUGAAUUCCUUUAACAUCUAAAGGAACAGGAACUGGAAAGCUUUUAGAGAUAAUAAUUAUGCUUUUAUUUAGUAUAGAAAAGAGCGUCUUGGGCAUUACGUACAGAAUCAGUCAGUCAGACUCUGUUGACAGGAGGGCAGACGAGCCGCUGAAUGACGCAGAGUCUGCAAAGAGACACUGGAACACAAGGUCAGCUCCAGAGCAGAUAGUGCCUGAGAUACAUAGUAAUGAAUAAUAGGCAGUAAUUGGGCUUGAAUCACUUUGAAAGGAUGGGAUAAGAAAAGAUGAGGUGCCUUCUUAUUGCAGUCGUCUUCUUUCGGUUCUGAAAUCGUGUUUAAGUGAUUUUUCACCAAAACUCUUCACACUACAUAUUUUGUCAUUAUCAGGCAAACAGGGGACUGUGGGUUUAUAGUAGUGAACCCUACGUGGCAUUGGUAAUAAUUAAAUCAGGGCUUAACUGUUAUCCAAAUUAUCGCAGUGGAGAAACUACAAUAGAGCAAGGCCCCAAAAUCCUACAUCAAGAUUCACAUGUUAUUAAUCCUGAGAAAUGAAUUAAAUAAUAAAUGAAUGCAUGUUGGAAAAUGUGAAAAGUUAAAAGACAUUUUGUCCGGGUCAGAACCGAAAGUGGAUGCUGCAGAAGACUCCAGCCUCCACAUGUUCAAAACCCCACUGCUAAGGAAAGUGAUGAGAAGGAUACGGUACUUUUUGUGUAAUCCUGCUAAACAAACGGGGAAAAGUGGGGGUGAUAAUUGUCCAUGAGUGAGGUUGUCAGGGAUUAAAACGUUUAUAUCACUUAACAUGGCACCUCAUCAGUUAUUAUCCCCCCAGGUCACAAGUACAGAAAGCUCACUACUCUGUGUGACCCUGCUGUGUACAGUAAUGACAUCCUUACUAACAACACUUUGACACUGAAACCCUGAUUCUAUGUUUGUAAGUAAGAGAUUGAAUGUGUCCAUCAUGUAUGAUAAGACGAUGAAUACAUGUGGUCUACAUACAGGUUUUAUUUUUGUUGUUUGACAAUGAAGUAUUUUAUAAUUGUGUUCAUAGUGCAUGUAGAGCUUUCAGAGCCACGUUGUUGGAUUGACUGGACAUGUGAUGUGUGAACUGGGAUCACGAGACGGGAAAAUGCUGCUCAAUCUGAACUGUCAUUCCAGUGGUGCAGGAAAGUCCGAUCAAUACUUAUGAGAGGUUGAAAGUUUCUGAGGUAUUGAUCCGAGUGUCCUGGAACACAGAACAUGGAGCGAUUCUCCCUCAAAGCCAGGCAUUACUACAGUUUAUAUCUUACACAUAGUUACUUUCAGAAGAGCUCUGUUUGCAAUCCAACUCCAAUAUAUAGAAAUAUUUUAUAUUUUGAAUUGCUGUAAUAUUAGCGCAGACCUCCUCUACUGAAAUCUCAUUGUGCAUGUGUAGUGAUCUGUCUUCUUUAAUCUUAGAAUCAUGGGAGGUACAUUGAUGUACGUGGGCAUCAGUUAAAAGAUCAUGUGCUGACGCCACUUUACGUUGAAAGAUGAAGAUGUUUUUUCAUGUAAAUAAAACGAUAUACUGCAGCUUUGAAAAA